CCAUGAAAAGAAUCCAAGAUGAAAACAACACCAAAGUUAAAGCUUUGUAGUGUCUGUGUAAAGAAGCUUUUUAGCUAAAAAAAAUAUAAUGAACCACUCUGCUUUUUAAAGCCCAUAAAUAGUUCAUUUUGCCCUCUCACCACCCUUUCCUUCCACAGCCUUUGCUUUGCUUUUCCCUCUCAUAAUAACAAAAUAUAUAUCAUGAGGCUGGUUGGCGUGUUGAUCUGUUUGUUGGUGGUAGCCAUGGAUAUUGUCGCCGGCUUGCUUGGGAUUGAAGCUGAUAUUGCACAAAAUAAGGUGAAACAUCUACGACUAUGGAUAUUUGAGUGUAGAGACCCAAGUGAACAAGCUUUCAAAUUGGGAUUAGGAGCAGCAGGGCUUUUGGGAUUAGCCCAUAUCAUUGCUAAUUUACUUGGUGGUUGCAAUUGCAUUUGUUCUCAAGAAGAGCUUGAAAAAUCUCCUCCAAAUAAGCAACUCUCCAUUGCUUGCCUCAUUUUCACAUGGAUAAUUCUUGCAGUGGGAAUGUCUAUGUUGGUGAUUGGGGCAUUAGGGAACAACAAAUCAAGAGCAACUUGUGGAUUCACACACCAUCAUUUUCUGUCAAUUGGAGGGAUUUUGUGUUUUGUUCAUGGCUUGUUUUGUGUUGCUUAUUAUGUUACUGCCACUGCUUCUGAGUAAUUAUGGGAAAAUGGAAAUUCCUUUUCUUUUUCUUUUUAAAUUUUCUUAAUUAAAGGUGAUUAUGAUGUCAUAUACAUUGACCCAUUUCCUUUCUCCUCUUAUGUGACCAAAUCAGACAAAAA